AUGCAGUUCAAAGCAUUUACUAUUGCGGCCCUCGUGGCCUCGGCUGCAGCCAAGCAGCGAUGCGCUGCCCCUGCACCGACCGAGCAGCAAAUCGAAGCCUCCAGACAGAUGAAGAUUCAGGAAGACAACUACGCUGCUGUAGCGGGUGAAUCCAUGCACAUCCAAGCCACUAUCAACACCAACGUCUAUUGGCACGUCAUUGCUAGCGCCAGGACUGUGGCUGCUGGCUGGUUGAGCAAUGCAACCCUUGACGCUCAGCUCGAUGUUCUGAAUGAAGCAUAUGCCCCUCACGGUAUCUCCUUCAACGACGCUGGACGUGAUUGGACCAUCAACUCCAACUGGGCCCAGGAUGGCGCUGAGCUCGCUAUGAAGAAGGCACUGCGCAAGGGUACCUACAAGGACGUUAACGUCUACUUCGUCCCCACCCUGGAUGCUUUCGGCUACGCAUACCUCCCUGAUUCCGUGAGCACGGGUUCCAAUGCUUUCUACCGGGACGGAUGCACCAUCCUGUCCUCUACCGUUCCAGGAGGUUCCGAGACCAACUUCAACCUCGGCUACACUGUUGUGCACGAGGUCGGACAUUGGCUCGGUCUUCUGCACACCUUCGAGGGUGGCUGCAGCGGCAGCGGUGAUAUGGUUUCCGACACCCCUGCUGAGAGAUCUCAAGCAUCUGGAUGCCCUGUUGGCCGCGACACUUGCUCUGGAGGCGGCGUUGACCCCAUCCACAACUACAUGGACUACAGUGACGACCCCUGCUACGAGGAGUUCACUGCUGGGCAGCAGACCCGUAUGUACAGCCAGUGGAACACUUACCGCGCCUAA